AUGAUAGAUCCUUUAGAGAACAACUUGUUUGAUCUUCCUGAUUAUGAGAAUACAGAAGAUGAAACGUUCCCACCUCUUCCACCUCCUGCCUCUCCAGGAAGAGAUGAUGCUGAAUGGGCUCAAGCUAAUGGAGAACCAGAUGGAAACCAGCAGUCACAAGCAAAGGAUUCUGCUGUAGCUGUACAGAAAGCAGUCAAAAGACCAAUGCCUAAACUAGAUGCCCACAGGUUAAUUUCAGAAAGAGGACUUCCAGCCCUAAGACACAUGUUUGACAACGUAAAGUUCAAGGGUAAGGGGCACGAGGCAGAAGACCUGAAGACCCUCAUACGACAUAUGGAACAUUGGGCUCAUAGACUAUUUCCAAAAUUGCAAUUUGAGGAUUUUAUUGACAGAGUAGAGUCUUUGGGAAACAAAAAGGAAGUUCAGACCUGCCUAAAGCGGAUUAGACUUGAUCUUCCUAUUUUACAUGAAGACUUCGCAAGUAAUGAAGGUGGUGGAGGGGAAAGCAAUGGACUGGACACAGCGGCUGAAGAUGUACAUGCCUGCUCUGGAAAUGCAGAACAACUCAAUUCUCCGUCGGGCACAACUCUCACAGAAGAGCAACAGCAGCGAAUGAAGAAGAACAGGCAGCUGGCCUUGGAACGCAGGCAAGCGAAGAUGCAGUGUAACAGCCAGUCACAACACAACGAGCUCUCCACUCAUUAUUCGGAAGAGAAGUUUAAUACCCCAGUUGCUCAGGAUCCUGCUGACCUUAUUGAAGAUGCUCAGGUUACUGUAACCAAGGCUGCUCUUACAGAAGAUGGAGAUAGAGAGUUGGAAUCUGCCAGUGAAAAGCAGUAG